GGGGGUGGAGCUCUCCAAGAGAGGAGAGUGAAAAGCUCUUUAACUGGAAACCUUCAGCAAGAAGGCAGAGCAGCUUCUCCACAGCUCAUUUGCUACUGACAGAGUUACGAAUCAUCAGAAAAGAUGGCGAGCUCUUUCACACGCCUGAUCUCCGGCCGCAACACGGCUGUGCUGUUGGCCAGCUUGGGCGCGGGAACGAUGGCCACCGGCUACCUGUUGAGCGAAAAUGGCUCGCUGGCUGCAGAUGUGAAGACGAAGCUCUAUCCUCCCAGCUCCGACUUCCCCGACCUGAGGAAACACAACAACUGCAUGGCGUCGGCUCUGACUCCGGCCGUCUACGCCAAACUGAGGGACAAGCUCACCCCCAACAACUGGACCCUGGACCAGUGCAUCCAAACCGGAGUGGACAACCCUGGACACCCUUUCAUCAAGACGGUGGGCUGCGUGGCCGGUGACGAGGAGAGCUACGAGGUGUUUGCUGAACUCUUCGACCCCGUCAUCAAAGACCGCCACAACGGCUACGACCCCAGAACCAUGACACACCCGACUGACCUGGACUCCUCCAAGAUCACCCAUGGCAUGUUUGACGAGAACUACGUCCUGUCCUCCCGCGUCCGCACCGGCCGCAGUAUCCGUGGUCUGAGCCUCCCCCCAGCCUGUUCGAGGGCGGAGCGCCGCGAGGUGGAGCGGGUGGUGGUGACGGCCCUGGCCGGCCUGAAGGGAGACCUGGCAGGACACUACUACAGCCUGGGAGACAUGACGGAGAAGGAGCAGCAGCAGCUCAUCGAUGAUCACUUCCUGUUCGACAAGCCCGUGUCUCCCUUACUCACCUCGGCCUUCAUGGCCCGAGACUGGCCCGACUCCAGAGGGAUCUGGCACAACAAUGAGAAGACCUUCCUGAUCUGGGUGAACGAGGAGGACCACACCAGAGUCAUCUCCAUGGAGAAGGGAGGCAACAUGAAGAGAGUGUUUGAGCGAUUCUGCCGAGGACUCAAACAGGUGGAGCACCUGAUCCAGGAGAGAGGCUGGGAGUUCAUGUGGAACGAGCGUCUGGGCUACAUCCUCACAUGUCCCUCCAACCUGGGCACCGGCCUGCGGGCGGGCGUGCACGUGCGCCUGCCAAAACUCAGCCAGGACCCACGCUUCUCCAAAAUCCUCGACAACCUGCGGCUGCAGAAAAGAGGCACAGGUGGCGUGGACACGGCUGCUACUGGAGACACCUUCGACAUUUCCAACAACGACCGUCUGGGCAAAUCUGAGGUGGAGCUGGUCCAGCUGCUGGUCGAUGGGGUCAACUACCUGAUUGAGUGUGAGAAGAAGCUGGAGAAAGGACAGGACAUCAAAGUCCCGUCUCCCAUUGCUCAGUUCAGGAAGUAAAAGCUGGUCUCAUCGUGACAUCAGUGUCAGCAGGAGGGCGGCUCUGCACUCGGCGCCACCUCCCAAACCUCAGAACGACGUCUGACCACUGCUACAGAGGAGGCGCUCUCUUUAAUCCUCUGAACCAUUGCAAAUCUUUAGGGAAACCUAAUCUUAGACAUGAACUGCAGUUAGGGGAAAAUUCUACCUCACGUUUAAGGUCGUCACUGUAACCCUGACUUCAAUAAAGCCGACAGUGUUUAACA